AAACCGGUGCCAGCGCUAUAGCGUUGCGUCAUGUCCAACCGUCUUUCUUUUCCUCGUACAUGUAUAUUAAUGACCUAGGUUAACAGGUAGGUACAUAUCUGCCCACCUCCUACCAACCGACAUACACCAUGUCCACCUUCACCCGCCCAAUCCGACUCUUCUCCUCCGUCUCGCAACACCUCCAAAAACGCUUCAAACUAAAACCCACCCGCACCAACGAUGCCUUAACCACCUCCAUGCUGCCCCCGCCUAAUCCCGUGUUGCGGCGGCAGGUCAUAUCCAUCUACAAGGAGCUUCUGAACCGCGGCCGCGACUAUCCCAAGGGCUACGAUUACUUCCGAAAACGGCUCCAUAAGGCCUUCCAGGAGAAAGCGUCACUGCGCGACAAGAAGGAAAUCCAGGGAGCUAUUAAAAAAGCCGAGUAUGUAAAGAAAGAACUCGAGGCGCUGUACUUCUUGAAACGGUAUCGUACUCUUAGGAAGAGGUAUGAUGGACUAUAAUUGGCUGCAAGGAAGUGUGUUAGAGAGCUAUAUUUCCGGAUUGAGCUGGAUCCGUUAGUAGAUCGCCCUCCGGGUGUCGACAUCGUGAAGAUUUAGAUCGGUGGAUCAAGGCGAAUCGAUGCCAAGGAUGUCGACCAAAUAUAGCAUGGGUAAACAGCCAAAUAGGUAGACUAGACAUUCGAAUUAUGAUGUCGGAUUUAGCUUCUUUCUGGCGCACCAUGCUCCGACUUCCAGACAUUCUCCCCAACUCGUGCCGCCUUCGCGCAGUAGAUCGUUCAUCAUCUUUCCGCACCAUCCGUCCCAUUCGUCUUGGCUCUUCCCGCUAACUUCUCGGAUGAUCGGCUCGAGGCAGAGUAUCAACCCUACCAUCGUCUCUAGCGCGGUUCGUCUGAGAGCAGC